AUGAUCAUUGGAAAAAGACGGUUGAAACAAAUAAAACUAAUUCUAGUAUCUCCUACAUUAGAGAAGAUAACAGUAUUAUCGUAUCUUGUCUUAAUACCAUUAAUGGUAGGUAACUUAAUAAUCUCAAAAUUAGAUGAUGUAUGAAACUUAUGGAUUAGGUAAUGGAUAUUUAAAUUUGUAUUAAAUCAAAUCUUAAUUCGAAGUGAGUACUUGGCGCAAUAGUGCGACAGUUGAAGAGGCAUUCAAUUAUUUGAUGAAUGUUUUUACUCCAAAAUAUUUUGCUAGCCAAUUUAAGUCAUCUCAUAUUCCACUUUCAAAUUUAAUUAUAGCCCAAACAAGGAAUCCUAUAUAUAAAUGCAAUACUAAUGUAAUAAAUUGCGAAUAUGGAUCAGAGUAAUAUUAGGAAGUAUAAUUCCAAGCUUUAGAUACCAAUAAAUGUGUUUCUAAAAAUUGUUCUGAAUUUAUUUCAAGCUAAAAUGCAUUUGGAGGAAUAUAAAUAGGAAUAGACGGUCAUUACUAAACCUAUUACGAUUUCUAUUAUUAUAGUGUAUUAAAAAUAGCAGAUAAUUACACUGAUUUCUAUACCAAGUUGAUGGAAAAUAAAUGGGUCGAUAACCAUACUGAAUCUAUAGGGAUAUUUGGAUCACUUUACGAUUUGAAUAGUUAACAGUAGGUUUAGAUAACUUUGCUGCUGGAAUAACAAUAUGCUAAAUUCCCGUUAUCCUUAUAGGAAACAUUUUUUCAAUUGCCAUUUUUUGAUUUCAAGGACACUCUGCAUAUAUUGUUGUUUUCCUAUUUGAUAUUUAUUGGUCUUCUAAAGAUAUUUAGAACCAUGUUGGAAUUAACAUAUAUUUUUUCAAGAUUCAAUUUUUUCUUCUAAUUGUACAACUUUGCAGCACUUAUUGUGUAUUGCAUAGUGCAUUUUCAGAUUCUUAUUGUGAGAGAUUAAGCCUAAGAUAACAACUUACUGUUUUCUAGAACUGUUUUAGAAAAAAACUUUAGUGGGAAGAUCCUAUCAGUUGGAACAGCCCUACUGAUAAAUGAUUACCAAACAACCGAGGAUGUAGGGAAAGUCUUGCUUUUAUUAAGUUAUCCUUAUUCCUUUGUGCAAUUUAUACUGUUUUUUAAUGCGGAGUGGAUUCAGAAUUAUCACACAUUACAGAUGCGUACUAUGCCUGGAUUAUUGACUUGUACUGUCUUAUCCUUAUCCAUUUAUACCUUAACUGUCUUGCCUCAAGGAUAUUUAGAUAAAUAAUAUAGGACUGGUCACCACUCUAUCAAUUAUAUAGCUUAUUUAUUUGCUUAAUUGUUUUUAGACAAUUAUUAAGAUAAUGAAGUAUUCUAUUUGAAUAAAACUUUAGGAUGAAAAAUAAUUAUUAAGCAUCAUUAUUGAGAUCCUGCAUUAUCUAUUUCAGAUUCUAAUAGCUUUAUAUGUGAUUGCUUUGUCAAUAGAGGGGUUCAGAAAGGCUUCAAUUUAUGAGAUGCCCUAUCAAUCCAAGUAUGACAAAGAGUUUAUCUAAAAUUUUGAUAAUCUUAACAUAAAAAUAAAUAAGUAAUUUGUGAUAAUAUUUUCAAGGGUCUUAAAAUAGGUGUAGAAGUUGUUUAUAAAGGAGAAACAAUCUCAAGGGAAGAAAAUAAUUAGAAGAGAAGAAGAUAAAUAAUCUUAAAUUUUGGAUGAUGAAGAAACCUUAAGUGAUUUGUCUGAGUCUAAAUCUGAUAAAAUACUGAUAGUCUUUGAAAUUAAUAAUGCAUUCUUGGAGGAUAUUAAUAGAUUCAAAGCCAGAAGAGAUGCUAAUCAAUAUGCAUAAAAGAGAGUGAAGUAUUCGAAAUCCAGUAAGGAUUAAGCUUCGUCUCAAAAGAUAAGGAUUAUUUAAUCUCUGCUUUAAAAGGAUAAGGUGAAUCAAAGAUUGCAAGUAAUGCUUAGCAAACAUUGUAAUUAUGAAUAAUUAUUUUGAUAGAAUCGAAUGAGCCUUAAUACACUUAACUGCCAGAAGAUUAGGUAGAGUAGAACAAUGAUUUCUUUUAAAGUUUCAAGGAAUAAAUAAGUGAUUAGGGAGUGAAGAUCAGAGAAUUUACGAUUAUUGAUCAAGUCAUAAAAUUCUUAGAAAUGCUAUUGAGAUUGAGACCUGAGUUUUUGAGUUUGAAUGCAGAAUAGAGAAUUCGGAUAAUGUUUUAUAUAAACUCAGAUUAAGUUGAAGAGGAGGAUGUAUAUAAGCUAUUAAGCUUUUUAAUUGUCAACUUAGCUAAGCAGCAUUUGAAUUACCCCAUCCUUGUAUUUUCUUGUCAUAAAGAGUGGUAUAUUGAGAAGGAAUAAUAUUUGAAGUUGAAAAAGUUUUACAGGAAUAUCUUCUCAACUUUAGAAAAGGAAUGCGCAUUGGAUUUUAGUUUAAUGUAAACAUCCUUCUUUGAUUUCUAAUUGAAAUUCUCAAAGGACUAAUAAUUCUAUGAGAAGGAAAAUUAGGAAGAAAUAUCCAAUUCAAUGAUUGAAGAGGGAGAAGACAAAUCAGAAUUACUUUGA